AUGGAGGAUGAAGAUGGGACUUGUCUACUUGAUGUUUUGUGUGACCCCCAAGCCCUGAACGACUUCCUUCAUGGCACCAAUGAGCUGCAGACUGAAGACCUGCUCAUUAACUCCUCCUCUGGGGAGCCCUCCCUCUUCACAGAUGCCCCGAGCCCCGUCUCUCUGCUGGGAGAUGGCAGGGAUUCUCCAGACACACCUCCGCCUGGGUGUGUGGAUCUGUCCUUCCUGGAGGAGGCCCUCCUGUCAUCGCCGGAGGGUGGGGAAGACCCACAGGUGGUGCAGGGUGGGACACCUGUGGAGGCUGGAUUUGAGGCUAAGAAGGGACAACUGGAGGAAGCGGAGGAGGCAGAGGUGGCAUGUGAUAUUCUCCAGCAGAGCCUGCAGGAGGCUGAGAUCACAGAGCAGACCAUGGCUCUGGAGGCAGGUCUGGCCCAAACGGGGGACAGCCUGUCCCUGUACUCACCUGCCCCUCUCCUGUCUCCAACCACCGUACCAUUCAUACCCAAAUCUGUGACCUUACCUGUCACCCCGGCGUUGCCCAGAGAUACCCAGGCAGCAGUGGAGCCCCCCCAGCCCUCCCUCCUGGCUGUCGGGCCGGGCUGCCCUUCUCUAAAACCUGCUGCCCCUCCUCAGUUGAUGGGGCUCCUGCCUGGAAAUGUGUUCCCUGCUGCGUCUCCAGAGACCUCUUUCUCUCUGAGUCCUGCCCAAGGAUCGAGUAUGAUCAUCCACAAGGCUGUUCCCAGUAUGACCAGUCGUCCUCUUAUCACCCCAACCCUGAGAACAACAGCAGCAGCAGCACCGGGCAUCGUCCUGCAGCGUGCCCCUCUUCCCAUCCAACCCAAGCUGCCUAUCAGCAUUCAGCCCAGACUGGUUCAAAUUAGUCCCAAACCUUCUGGACAAAAACACCCUCCAGGUCUUACGUUUGUCCCUGGGACUGCCUCACCAAAUAUUUUACUCUCCCAACCUCCAGGCCAAAAGCCCGCAGCUCCACCACCGCAGCCCAACCAGCAGCUCCCUAAACCUGUCAGCCUGCAGCUGGUCAACCAGGGCGGCUCCUUUGUGCUCCAGCCUCAGGGACUCUUCCAAGGCCAAAACCAGUUCCUUCUUCCAGGCCAGUGCCCUGUUACGAUCUCCCAGCCUGCCAGUGCAGCUCGACCGCUGCUGACCACCAGCCACCAAGGCCCGUCAGUCCACAGCCUGACUCCCUCUACUGGGCAGCUUGUAGACGGCUCUCAGAUCCUAACUGUGCCCCAAAGACAGCUGAACUUCAGCCCUGUCUUCACCACCCCUACAGGGCAGCUAGCACUCCGCCAGGCCACUGUGCUUUCAGGACCUUUGCAGCUACAGUCAGCGCCCCCUACUGUCUUCCAGAUGCCAGCUCAGCUGGCUGGAACAUACACUCCAGGAGGACAGGGGCAGCGUGCCACCCUGGUCCACAGUCCCGCUCUUGGAAACCACAUUACGUUGAUCAACAGUUCAGGGGUGCUUCCCCCAGAUCUCACUUCCAUCUCGAUCGUUAAUGGCCCCUCAGUAGUUCAAGGGCUGCCUUUUGCUACCCAAGCCCCGGCUCCUCAGACAGGAGUGACAGAAGGACAGCUGAGCCUCCAGCAGGCCUCUGUGGUGCUGCUGCCAGAAAGAGCCAUUCAAGAGGAGAGGACCAGCUCAGAGGAGACUUUCCACCAGCUACCGCAGCCCUAUGGACAUGUUCUCCAGCAUGUGUCGGUGCAGCCCACCUCUGCAGGGCUGCAGUCCUCCUCUCCUCCUGUAGUUACAGUCCUGCAGCCUCCUCCUGAACCACCUCUGGUCCCUGAUCCAGCUGUGGAGAUCCCAAAACUUUUGAUGCCCCCGGCAGACAUGACCCAAGUAGUGGAAGAGGUGACCCACUCGAUGAGUCAGAACGAGGCCUUUAUGCAACAUCUGCAACAGCAAGCACUUAGUUCUCCUAUCACGUCUGAACUGUUGGUCGGAGCACUGCCAGUGGUGCCGAUGGAGUCGCUGCCCUCCCCGGUCGCCAGUGAGAGAGAGACCCAACCAACGACCCACGCAGUCUCUGGUCAGGACACCCGCACCGGGAUGUCUGACCAGUGUGUUGACACUUCUCCGCUUCACUCCGACACAGAGGACACACCGCUGAUCUGCUCCUCCCCUCCCAUUCAGGACGCAGAGAGACCAGCUCCGACCAGUUUCUCCCCUCCGACUGGGCCUCACAUUACUCUGCCUGGACCUGAGAGUUCAGUCCCCCAAAUCACAGCUCCCCAGCCUUGCAUCGAGCCCCAAGUCCAGUACCAGCUCCCUCCUCAGCUCCAGGUCUCACAGGCCUUAUUUGUCCAGAACCAGGUACACAUCCAGUCGUCUGUUUCCCAGCCUCAGCCGCAGGUCCAGGCCUCAGCUCCCCAGCUCCAGGUCCAGUCGUCUGUUUCCCAGCCUCAGUCCUCGGUCAGCACGUCGGUCCACAGCUCCCCUCUGCGUGUCAGCGUCUCUGUGCCUCAGCAGCAGCCUGAUCCCACAGCUGCUAGUCUCUCCAAAGGAGGAGACGACUCUGCUGUCCAACAGCACACACAAAACAAGCCAACAGCUGCCUUGGUCGUGGAGAGUAAAGCGUUUACUCUCGAUGUCCAUCCACCCUCUCCUGCAGCCCAGGGUGUCCAGGCUCACGGGCCUCCAGCUCCCAGAGAGUGCGCCCCCAUCCAGACGAGCCAGCAGACUGGCACCAAGCUGUACCUCAUCGAGCAAUCAUAUGCGCCACACCUGGGCAGAGCUCGAGAGGACAGAGAGGAAACGGGACAAACGGCGCAGGAACACACACAGCUCUAA